AUUUGUCACCAAAUCCGCUAGAUUACGGGAUACAGAACCUCGCGGAGGAAAGAGAAGACCGAAGAGUGCAAUUUUCACUUAAAUGUUUUUUUUCUUAAGGAUAUCACGAUGUUGCAACAGUCGGGUUACUUCGUUUCGGAAGCGCCUUGAAUCGUAGACUUUUUGGUUCUCAUUCAGCGUGGGAAAGAGCUCGGCAGUUUACAAUUGCUGGGCUAACGUUAGAGGUUCUUCAGAGUUGAAGAACAACAACCGCUUCCUUUACUACUUUGCCCAGUGACAGCCAAUUCAAUUGACGGAUAUCACUACCAUGCCAGGCUUCGUCCAUUUUUACUUUGAUGAUUUCAGAGUCCAACUCAAGCUGUAUGGUGUGAAUUUCACCUAUCAGCCCAAUACAUGGGGCUUGCUGUAACCGAAUUUGCAACGUUGUUAUUGCUGAAGUGACCACACUGACAGACUUUAAUUUGUAUGCUAGCUGACGUUAAUGUGUUAGCAAAGAGAGAGUUGGGACGACUGGGUACAAAAACCCAUAGCAAACCUACGCCUCCUCCCCUCUCCAGGAUACUGUGUAGUUGUGUGCAGUGUGGAAUAUCGUUAUGCCAAACAAGCAAGUUGAUCGAAAAUACUCCUGAGGUCGCCUAACUAUUAGCUAGCUAGCAUAUAAGAAACUCAGCCUGAAAUCUCUGAAGAAUGCAAUAACCAGGCCUUUUGUUUUGGGGUACUGGAGAUAGCGAAGAAAAUCUAUUAUUGUCAUCUCACAAGAGGACCUCGAGGCUGAAAAUGUCCUUCUUUAAUUUCCGGAAAAUAUUUAAAUUGGGAGCUGAAAAGAAGAAAAAACAGUAUGACCACGUCCACCGAGACGCGAAUCCGGAGGAAAUCUGGGAUAUCAUCGGUGAACUUGGUGACGGUGCCUUUGGUAAAGUUUACAAGGCCCAAAACAAGCAAACUGGCGUACUGGCAGCCGCCAAGGUGAUUGACACUAAAUCAGAAGAGGAGCUGGAAGACUACAUGGUGGAAAUCGACAUCUUGGCGUCAUGCGACCACAAAAACAUUGUCAAGCUAUUGGAUGCCUUCUACUUUGAAAAUAAGCUCUGGAUCCUGAUUGAGUUCUGUGCUGGUGGUGCAGUGGAUGCAGUGAUGCUGGAGCUGGAGCGUCCACUGACGGAGCCUCAGAUCCGGGUGGUGUGCCGGCAGACGCUGGAAGCCCUCAUCUAUCUCCACGACAACAAGGUCAUCCACCGCGACCUCAAGGCCGGCAACAUUCUCCUCACCCUGGAAGGGGACGUUAAACUAGCGGACUUUGGUGUGUCAGCCAAAAACACUAAAACCUUCCAGAGGAGAGACUCCUUCAUUGGGACGCCGUACUGGAUGGCGCCGGAGGUGGUGAUGUGUGAGACGUCCAAGGACCGGCCGUAUGACUUCAAGGCGGACGUCUGGUCCCUGGGCAUCACGCUGAUCGAGCUGGCGCAGGUGGAGCCGCCCAACCACGAGAUGAACCCCAUGAGGGUGCUGCUCAAGAUCGCCAAGGCCGAACCGCCCACGCUCAUGCAGCCCUCCAAGUGGUCGCCGGAGUUCAGUGAUUUCCUCAGGCGAUCCCUGGAUAAGAAUGUGGACAACAGAUGGAGCCCAGUUCAGCUUCUUCAGCACCCGUUUGUGAGCAGCGUGUUGGACAACAGGCCACUCAGGGAGCUCAUCGCCGAGGCCAAGGCUGAGGUCACCGAGGAGAUCGAGGAGUCCAAGGAGGAAGAGGAGGAGGAGGACCACGAUGCCCAGAUGCUGCUUCCUGGACACAAGCGCGCCUCGUCGGACGCCAGCGUGGCCAGCUCCGAGGACGAGAAGCUCUCCCAGUCCCCCUCCAUCCUCGAGUCCGUCCCCGAGAAGGCCGAGACCGAUGUCCCCGCCGCCCCUGUCCCCGUCUCUGCCACAGAACCUGCCCCUGUGCCCGCUGCCGCGGUGCCUGUUGUGGAUGUGCCCAAAGCGGAGGUCCCCGAACCUGUGGAGAACCACAUCCAGGAGCCUGCUCCAGCCGAAGAGCCCUCUGUCAAGGUGGAGGAGAACGUGGAGAAGGAAUGCGACGUGGAGGAGAAGGAGGUGGAGGUGGAGAGGCCUGUCGUGACAGUGGACGGAGAGGAGCCAAAGGUAGAGGAGGCGCAGGAGGAGGUAAAGAAGGAGGAGGAGGAGGCAAAGAAGGAGGAGGAGGAGGCUACCACAGUCGUGGAGGAGGCUCAGCCGAAACCAGAGGCAGUGGAGUCCCCUGCAGUACCAGAGGAGGAGGUGGAGGAGAAGACUCCGGAACCCCUGGUGGACAGCGAGAAGGAAGUGGACGAGGCCGCACCCGAAGCCGAGAAGGAGCCCGAGGUGGAGGUGGCGCCGGUCGAGGCUAAGGUCGUGCGACCAGAGACCCCUGUCGCAGCGCCAGCCUCACCAGCCCCCGUCGAGGUGCUCACGCCGCCGGAGUCACCUGCCCAGAAGGUUCCGGAAGAGGAGAAGCCCGCACCCCAGGCUGACAAGAGCACCACGCCCGUCAAGCCUCGCUACGAGCGCGAGAGGGACCGGGAGAAGGACAAGGACAAGGACUCGGACUCAGGGAACGGCAGUGUGGACCUCAACCUGUCCAUCUCCAGCUUCAUGGCCAAGAACAAGGAGGCCAACUCUAUUAGCAUACAGGAGGCGAAAAGACAGAAGAAGACGCUGAAGAAGACUUGUAAGUUCAUGGUCGACGGCGUGGAGGUGAGCGUGACUACGUCGAAGAUCAUCACGGACAACGACACUAAGAAUGAGGAGAUGCGCUUCCUGAGGCGUCAGGAGCUGCGGGAGCUGCGUCUGCUGCAGAAGGAAGAGCAGAGGGCCCAGCAGCAGCUCAGCAACAAGCUGCAGCAGCAGCGCGAGCACAUCUACAGACGCUUCGAGCAGGAGACAACGAGUAAGAAGCGCCAGUACGACCAGGAGGUGGAGAACCUGGAGCGUCAGCAGAAGCAGACCAUCGAGCGGCUGGAGCAGGAGCACACCAACCGGCUACGCGACGAGGCCAAGCGCAUCAAGGCCGAGCAGGACAAGGAGAUGUCCAAGUACCAGAACAUGCUCAAGAACCGCAAGAAAGAGGUGAGAGGACACGGGCCAUGGGUAGAACGUUUAGGUGCUAAGAGUGUUGAAUUCAAGGAUAUGAAGGGGAGAUUUACAGGAAUUGAGUGGACAGGUGUAAGUAGUAUUAAAACCUCAAGAAGGAGGUAUCUGGACAGUGCCCUGAAGAAGAUCAACCAGCAGCACAAGCACGAGCUGGCCACCAUCGAGAGGGACUGCCUCAACCACAAGCACUAGCUCCUCAGAGCCCGCGAGGCGGCCAUGUGGGAGCUGGAAGAGCGCCACCUGCAGGAAAAGCACCAGCUGCACAAGCAGCAGCUGAAGGACCAGUACUUCAUGCAGAGACAUCAGCUGCUCAAGAGGCACGAGAAGGAGAUGGAGCAGAUGCAGCGCUAUAACCAGCGCCUGAUCGAGGAGAUGAAGAACAAGCAGACGGCCGAACGUGCCCGCCUGCCCAAGAUCCAGCGCAGCGAGGCCAAGACCCGCAUGGCCAUGUUCAAGAAGAGCCUGCGCAUCACUUCCUCCACCGUCUCCCCCGAGCAGGAGCGCGAGAAGAUCAAACAGUUUGCAGCACAGGAGGAGAAGAGGCAGAAGAAUGAGCGCCUACAUCAACACCAGAAGCACGAGAACCAGAUGAGAGACCUGCAGCUGCAGUGUGACGCCAACAUCAGAGAGCUGCAACAGCUCCAGAACGAGAAGUGCCACCUGCUGAUUGAGCACGAGACCCAGAAGCUGAAGGAGCUGGACGACGAGCACAGCCAGGAGCUGAAGGAGUGGAGAGAGAAGCUGAGACCUCGCAAGAAGGCUCUGGAGGAGGAGUUUGCACGUAAGCUGCAGGAGCAAGAGGUCUUUUUCAAGAUGAGCGGCGAGUCAGAGUGUCUCAACCCCUCGGCACAGAGCCGCAUCUCCAAGUUCUACCCCAUCCCCAGCGUCCACUCCACGGGUUUCUAA